AUGCUAGAAAAAGGAAACUUGGUCGCCUCACAUAAUCAGAUUUUGAUGAUGCUGCUAGGCUUCUCGAAUCUCUCGUAUUUCUUUGACGAACUCUUGGCCGGGCUCACCCACGAACAGCUAACCUUCGGGCGUAACAACGUUUCGGCGAAUAUUGCCAAAACGUAUCGAUACCACGCGAGCAUCAUCGUCACCGGGUAUCACUUCAUUAAUAUGCGU